GUUGCUUUAUUUGAGCUCUCAAAUUGUUCACUGAUCUUGAUUUCUGAAUUGGGUGUUUUGGGUUUUGUGUGAUCAGUUAACACAAUCAAUGGGAGAAGAUGAGGAAUUGAGGUUUGUAUGCAAGUUAUGUGACAAGAGGUACCCAUCUGGGAAGUCAUUGGGGGGUCACAUGAGGUCUCAUGUGAUUGCAGAUUCAGCUGAAUCACAGGGAAAAGUUGAAGCCAAGAUGGAAAAGGUGUCAUCUCUCAACGGUGAAAGGAACAUCAAUUCUGAGAGAGAUUCUAUAUUUGAACUUAAUGGGAAUGGCUAUGGUCUGAGAGAAAAUCCCAGAAAGACAUGGAGGGUUGUGAAUUCAGCCAAUCCCUUACCCCAAGACAAGGUUUGUAAACAAUGUGGUAAAGGGUUUCAAUCAGUGAAAGCAUUAUGUGGUCAUAUGGCUUGUCACUCUGAGAAAGAGAGGGUUUUGAAGGAUGUUCAUUCAUGGACUAUGGAGAAUCAGAAGCAGGUGAUGGAUAGUCAUUCAGAUACUGAGCCUGAGGAUCCGAAGCAGCGAAAAAGAUCGAAAAAUGUGAGACUUAAAUCAUCCUUUUCUUUAGCUAAUGGGUCUUCACCUGUUUGUGAGAUUGACGAGCAAGAACAAGAAGAGAUAGCUAUGUGUUUGAUGAUGUUGUCAAAGGAUUCUGGGAAUUGGGGUGGUGUGAAUUCUGUUGUCGAGUCUUCUGAUAACAAUUCAGUCGUUUUGGAGACCAAAUCAUCUUCCAUUGAUAUGAGAAUUGGUAGAAAUGAAGGUUUGAACUCUAUAUACAAGGGUGAUAAGACUCUAGAAAUGAAGAAUCUAGGAGGCAAGAAGUUAAAAUCUAGUGUUUUGGAGUCUGAGAUUGCUCAACCCGAGAAUUCGGAUUCUGGUUACUUCAUAAAUGGACCUAAGAAGGUUGAAUCAGACAUUUCUGUUGAUGGGGUACUCAGAAAUGGUGAAUACCAGAAGCUUAAAGUGAGUGGUAGUGACGAAUUCGAGGAGUCUGGUGCUAAAUUAGAGAAGGGUGUAAGCAGAAUCAAAUGCUUUGACACAAAAGGAAAGAAGAUUUUGAUUAAGGAAAAGGGGUGUGAUGGUGGUGGCAUUGCUUCAAAGUCCAUGAAUUAUAAUUCAAGAAAGAGAACAAUGCUUAGUUCCGAUAGUCCUGAAUCUUCAGAUGCCAAAAUAUGCAAGAGUGCUCAAAAGAGAACCAAAUAUGAGUGUUUGACCUGUAAGAAGAUCUUCAACUCUUUUCAGGGUCUUGGGGGACACAGGCCAUGCCACAAAAGAAACAAUGUCUGCUUUAAAUCUGAAUAUUUGAGCCCUGAGAACAGCUUAGAAGGCGAUAGUACUCCCGAAUUUUUUCCCAAUGGCAAGCUUGGAGAGUCUGUCAGUUACAACAAACAAGUUGCUCAAGAUUUAUCUUGCAAUGCAGAGAAAAGAUCCAGGUCUAAGAGAAGCAAAGGACAUGAGUGCCCGAUUUGCCUCAGGAUUUUUAAGUCUGGCCAAGCAUUAGGUGGUCACAAGAGGUCUCAUUUUAUUGGAGGGCCUGAAGACAGUACCAAUAGAACACUUGUAAUCAAGCAAGAGCUUCCUAAUUUCCUCGAUCUCAAUCUUCCUGCACCUACAGAGGAUGAGGCAGAUGGGCAUGCCCAGUUCAUCCCAUGGUAGGUAAGAGGCAGUCAGAAAGCUUGAAUUACUGGUUUAUCUUAUUUAUUUUGUCAAUGGUUCAAUGGUGAUGCUAGAGUGUACAGACAAGUCAAUGAAUUCCUAUUCUGAAAG